GGGUCCUUCCUGCCCUGAGCCGCUUCUCCAGCCGCCUGACGGGAACCGAGCACCGGAGAAAAACACCGAAAUCACCGCCGAAUCGUCCAGACAGCAGCCGGGUGUCCAGAGCGAUGAUGGGCGGAAGGUCGAGCGCGAUAGCCGCGGGGGUGUGCGGGGCUCUGCUGCUCGGUUACUGCAUUUAUUUCGACAGGAAGAGGAGGAGUGACCCCAACUUCAAGAACAGGCUCAGAGAACGGAGAAGAAAGCAGAAGCUGGCCAAAGAAAAGGCCGGCCUGGCAAAGCUUCCAGACCUGAAGGACGCUGAAGCCGUGCAGAAGUUCUUCCUGGAGGAGAUCCAGCUGGGAGAGGAGCUGCUGGCUCAGGGAGACUAUGAGAAAGGCGUGGACCACUUGACCAACGCCAUCGCGGUGUGUGGUCAGCCUCAGCAGCUGCUCCAGGUCCUGCAGCAGACGCUGCCUCCACCGGUCUUCCAGAUGCUGCUCACCAAACUGCCCAGCAUCAGCCAGCGCAUCGUGAGCGCACAGAGUCUGAGUGAAGACGAUAUAGAGUGAGGAGAAGACCGAGACCAAGCAGCCCACCCUCCUCUUCCUCCUCUUCCUCCUCGUCCUCCUCGUCCUUCAUCACGCCAGCGCCUCAGCCUCCAUCACUUCGGCUGACGUCCAUCACUUCCCAACAAUCUUAAAGGGAUUUUGUUUUUUUAUUCCAUGACAGUUUUCUUAACUUAUAUGACCCGUUUUUGGGUAUUCCAGAAUCUGAAUCAGAAAGCCCAGACUAAUACAGACGUCCCCAUCCCUCCAUCACCACCUGGACUGGCUUUAAACAUCAUCAGCUUCUUCCUCCGUCUGAGCCGUUAGUCCAGCUGUCUUCAUCAUGAUAUCAGGAGUAGAAUGCUGCAGAACCAGGACCAGAACCUGUCUGCUUGGAUAUCUCACUAGUAUUUAUUGUUUUGGUAUCAGUCAUAUUUCUGUCAGUCUAGACUUGGAAACACUUUUUAAAAAGUGCUGAAAUGUUUUGUUCAUUUUAAAGAGGAUGGACCUCUUUAGAGAAAAUAAAAAAUGUGAACAAACGACCAAA